AUGACUUCGUCCAUGACCGGCCGCAAUGGCCUGCCCGACGCCCUGGGGAACCGCCCGGAACCCCAGGUCGCGGUCGCGACGACUCCGGCACCGAUAUCGACAGCGACGGCGACACUGGCCGCCACCGCCCAUGCCAGCGACGCCGACAGUCGCGACUCCAAGGGGGCCACUUCGGCGCCCCCUUCUGCUUCACUUUCGGCAAAUGCACCUUCCUCAACGGCCGCAGGGCCUGUCGCCGAGUCCUCAUCAGCAACAUCCGCCGCGCCUCCACCUCCUCCGCCAACUGCCGCUGCUCCAUCGGCACCCACACCCACUCCAGCUCCAGCUCCAGCAGUCCCGUCAACAACAUCGCCAACAGCACCCUCGACCGCUCCUGUACCGAGACCCUCGACUCCGAAUCGAGAAACUUCAACUUCUGCUUCGGCGACAGCGCCGGCGUCGCAGCCUCCACCUUCGACGCCGCCGCCUCGAUCCGCUCUAAACACUCUCGCAACCUCUGCUCUCAACGCCGACGCCGCGCUCGGAACACGACCACAAGCGGCGGCUUCUAGUGCACAGGCUUCGGCUCCUGUCGAUGCAAACUCCAACGACCACCCGAUGCCCGAUGCUCCUGCCCCCGUUGACGCGAGUGCGCCAUCAAACAGUGCUGUCGAGCUCCAACAAACUACUCCGAUGCAGCUGGAUCUCCCCGCAAACAACAUGAAUGAGACAUUCGCGCCUUCAACGCCGUAUAACUCGGUGUCCUUACCCACGCUUAACCAGCAUGCGUACAUGAUGAUGGCACUGGCUUCAAUGGCGGCACCGCCGACUACAAUCACCCCCUCACAGGUCACAUUACCUAACCCCAUGGACGAAGCUUUUAAUGGUCUUGCUCCAGCAAACUCGAUCCGCCAGGCGAACGCUGAUAAGACCCUCGAAUCGUUUGCCCGCAUCGAGUUUGCCGACAGUGUCUUCCAGAUGACUACGUACGCCGUCAUUAUUGGGCGAGAUCAGCGCGCACUGGAGCAGGCACGUCGCGACGAGAAGCGUGACGAAGCUUACCGUCGCCGUGUUGAACAGCAUGCAGAGAAUGGCCUUCCACCCCCAUCUCCUCCAAGGGGACCUGACCGCAGCAAAUUUAGUAAAUCCUACGUGAGCGAGGAGGGAGGAAUGUUGGGUCCCGAAUCGGACAACGGAGAGAAUGGCCGGCCAGCAAAGCGACGAAAGACUAGCACUCAAGGUUCAUCGCAGCACGACAACGAUGAGGCGGCGGCGCAGGCGCAAGAAAACAUGAUCUCUAAUCGACAAUAUGUUUCUCAUACCCCUGGCGCUGCGGCAGUAGACUUGACAUCAUUACGACCAUCACCCUGGCACGUCCCCUUUAUCGGUAUCCACUCACCAGGUCCCAACAUCGCGUCCAAGACCAAGGCCAUCUCGCGAGAGCAUCUCAAGAUUGCGUAUAAUGAGAAGGAGGGCGUCUUUGAGGCCAUCCCGCUUCAUAAGAAUGGCUUCUUUUGCGAAGAUGUUCACUACAAGAGUGAAAAGGUGGUACUGAAAUGUGGUGAUCGUCUCCAGAUCAAGGACAUCGACUUUCGAUUCCUAAUCAACGGAGUUGAGCGAGGCCGGACAGGUGCUGAAGAGGACGUGGAAGAGGAAACUGCGGUUCAGAAACGACAUGCCCAUGGCGGCAAGGAGAUGAGUUUCGACUUUGAAUCCUCACACGUCAAUGGGCAAGUCCAGGACACGAGCGAUGAGCUCUCCGAGGUGGCAAGCCCGCCUGAGUUGUCAGACUUUGGAGAAGAAGAUGAGGCUGAAGCUGAAGCUGAAGCCGAAGAAGCUGAAGAAGCUGAACCGAUGGAGACAGUGGAGGCUGAACCAGAGCCAGAGCCAAAGCAAGAGCCAGAACCGGAGAGGCCGGCUCCGGUACAGGAGCCCUUUGUCAAACCUGAAUCGGUGCCCGAGCCUGAACUACAACCGCACGCUCUGAUGCCUCAGAUCCCCAAGAAGCGAGGCCCGGGCAGACCACCAAAGAACGGCAUCAUGUCGAAACGGGAACAGCGAUUGCUAAAGAAGCAGCAGCAAGAGAUGGCCAAGAAGACUUUGCCACAAGCUCCCCCGGUUGAACCACCCAUCAAACGCAAGGUGGGAAGGCCUAGGAAACAUCCUCUGCCUGAUGAUGCUAGUGAGCGACCUGAGAAGCGCAAAUACAAGCCUCGCAAGCCCAAGGAAGAUGGCGCUGAAGGUUCCGACGCUGAGAGGCGUGCCCGAGAAAAGAAGGAGAAGAAGGCCCGCCCCAAGUCACCACCUCUUAACCUCAAUGUCAAUGACUACACUAAAGAAGAGCUUCAGAAGCCCAACAAGAACUAUGGCGUGCUCAUCGACGAGACGCUCACGGCAGCAGGACCGGACGGCCUCACUCUUAAGCAGAUCUACAAGCGAAUCUGCGAACGAUACCCAUACUUCUUCUUCCGCACUGAGACCAAGGGGUGGGAGAGCAGUGUGCGGCACAAUCUCAUUGGGAACGAGGCUUUCAGAAAGGAUGAGACUACCAAUCUCUGGUCUCGUGUCCCUGGCGUUGAACUUGACGCAGGGAAGAAGAGAAAGGCAUCUUCUCCCGACCGCAAUAACCUGGCAGCCAGUCAAGCCUACAACCAGCAGUACUCGUAUCAAUACAAUGCUGCACAGCACGUGGCACCCGGGGCUCCUGGAUACCCCCCUGGUCAAGCACCUCCGGCAUAUCAAAUGCCGGCCUACAACGCACAGCAGGGUCAAGCAGCGCGGCCAGUGCAGCCUUACGCAGCGUCGGCUUCUCCUCCUGCCCCCGGCCAGCCAGCUUCCGGCCAGCCAGCCGCGGGCCAGCCGGCCCAGACAGCGCCGACACAACCGCCGGCGCCCGCACAGCUGCCGGCAGGCUAUGGACCUCCGCCAGCUCCAGCUCGGCCUCAGCUCGGCGGUCCUCAACCAGGCGCCUACAGCUCACCGUAUGCGCCGAGGCCGCCGCCGCCAGCAAACCCUCCGGUCAAGAGCGAAGAUGGGCAUGCAGCACCCGCAGCACCCGCAGCAGCAGCGUCUGCUCAACCACCUCCGCCACUGGCAGCAGCCAAGACGGUCCCUGGACCUGCGCCAGCUUCCCAGCCUGUUGCUGCUGCUACUGCUGCUACUCCGGCAACUCGUCCACCUGCUACGGCACCUGCAGCUGCUACCCCAGCCCGCCCAGUUAUCGAUCCCCGUCUUCUUGCGGCUGUCGUCAACCUCAAGAACGGCCUGGUGUUGAACCUGAACAGGGCUCGUAACCCGAGAUCAGAAGGCAUAGUAAUGUCGGCUCUCAAUCGAUGCCUUGGUCUCAAAAAGCAGGCAACAGAGAAUGACAAGAUGGAAAGCAUCUGUAUGAAGGGCAUCCGUCAGGUUAUGGAAGGCUUCACCAAGAAUAGCCCUACCCCUGGGCCAGCAGCUUCCGCUUCUCCGCCUGCCAGUGACCUACCACCCGUUCUCGAACCCAGGGUUCUUGCAUCUCUCACGGGCUUCAAGGACGUCUCGGUCAAGGCGCUGAGGGCGAAGCUGGGUGAGGCCAAGGCGGAGGCGGUCACGCUGUCUGCCAUUGACCGCGUCCUGGGCUUCGCAGACGCCAGCAUCGUGCCCCCGCCUGGGGAGGGUGAAACAGUCGGCAACUUUGAGGGCGUCGAGCAGCAUUUAAUGAAAUCUAUCAGACAGUUGUUGGAAGGCAUGAACCAAACAGUGCAAGGUUCAUGA